AUGGAAUCCCUCUUUCUCGACAAGAUCGGAUUAUUCUCCAACCAAAUCUCCAGAGAUGAUCUUAAGGCAGGAGAUCACAUCUAUUCAUGGCGAACUGCUUUCGUCUACGCACAUCACGGGAUCUAUAUAGGCGAUGGGAAAGUUAUUCAUUUCACUCGUGGAGAUGGUCUAGAGAUCGGAACAGGGACUUUCUUGGACAAGAUCAUCGUUGGUUCUGUUCCGAAUCAUGGAGGAGACAACAACCCUUGUCCUAAUUGUGGACAUCAAUCCAAUCUUGACGGUGUGAUCUCUUCUUGCCUUGACUGUUUUCUCUCCGGAGGAAACCUCUAUCUCUUCGAGUACGGUGUUUCUCCGGCUAUCUUUCUCGCCAAGCUUCGAGGCGGUACUUGCACAAUAGCAACUUCAGAUCCUUCUGAUGAAGUCAUUUCUCGUGCGAAAUUCCUAUUAUCGAGAAAUGUCUUUGGUAAUUACCAUCCUUUCGAGAACAAUUGUGAAGAUUUUGCAAUAUAUUGUAAAACUAGUUUGAUGGUCGGUAAAGACUAUGUGUUGGGAAGAAGUGGUCAAGCCAGUUCGGUGAGUGCAGUUGCUUUCGCUUCACGCAUGGUUAGUCCUUGGGCCAGUAAUGCUAUUCGUCUCUUUACGGACAUUGGUAUGAGAAAGGAUGUUAUGAAGGUGCCUGUCGAGAGUCUUGUGGCAGUUAAUACCUCGGCAAGAGAAGGAUGA